AUGCUAAGCGUCGAUCAAGUGUCAUCCAUGCGAGGCCACGACCAUGUCGAGCUAAAGGCCGGCGCAACUCGACGCACCAUUGCGAGCACCAAGAGCUGCAGCAUGGCGUUCUCCAUGCUCAUCGUAACCUUUGUCUGUGCCGUCGGUGGCUCCCUGCUCUGCCGCAGCCUACCUUGCUUGGCGCUUGCUGAGUCUAUGGUCCUCGAGGGUUCUGCCAAUGACCGCUUCGAACCCCUGAUUGCUCGUGAUGAGCCAGAGUCCGACGUCACCUCGACUCUGAUCGAUGGAGGCAUCAUGGUCCCAAUCUCUACUCAGACGCAGCUCGAGACCUUCUAUUCCAUCAGCAUGCCUGAGCCCUCGACUACCUCGUCCUCCAUGGAAGAGGAUGCCUGCGCUGUUGAGGUAGUCACCCAAACGCAGACGAGGACCAACGUGAUCACAGUGACACUGUGGCCUACUCUGCCAAGCGCGGACCAGACUGUGUCCGGUGACGCUUCCACUGUCACGGACAUCAACAUGCAGACUGCCCACACGUCUGAUCCCUGUGAUGCCACUGUCUCUGGCGACCCCUCGACUGUCACGGACUUCCAAACAGAGAUCACCGGCUACCCCGACGUGACCGUCUCCGCCGGGCCCAUGACCAUGACCACGACCGUCACGCCCAUCUCCAUCUUCACCACUAUCACGGUGUCUGACUUGUUCUCUCCACUCCUGCCCCCUAAUGAGCCUCAGAACACCUCGGCGGCCAAGGGCGAUGGCGCAAUCGUCACAGACGGGCCUCUCUAUCCUACCAACGCCACUGUCAUUGUCAUACCCUCGGAGGCAAUGACCAAUGUUCCUGUCUCCACGAUCUCGCCGGGCCUUGGCUCCGGCACUGGGCAGGGCAAGGCUUUCAACAAUGUCGGCGGUGCGCUGAUGCUUGCUGCCGCCGUCAUGUACAUGCUGUAA